UUAAAAGUUCCAGUUGUUACUUUCAAUCUAUAACAGCUGCAAGAACAACUCUAUCCAAACUAGUCUCCUAAAUUCCCGUUGUUAGAGUUGGUAUCUAUAUUUAGCUGGUGGGAUUAAAUUGCAAAGACUUCAAGCUGGGCAAAGCACACUGAUCUGCCUUUUUACAGCUAGACCUGUGUGCUGCAAGGACCUAAGGCUUUCAGUGUCCUCUUCCUUACCCAGGUUACUCACAAAAUGGAUUCUCAGCGGGAACUCGCAGAGGAACUGCGGCUUUACCAAUCCACCCUUCUUCAGGAUGGUCUAAAAGAUCUCCUGGAUGAGAAAAAAUUCAUCGAUUGCACCCUAAAAGCAGGUGACAGAAGUCUUCCUUGCCACAGAUUGAUUUUGUCAGCUUGUAGCCCUUACUUCCGUGAGUAUUUUUUAUCUGAAAUUGAUGAGCAGAAAAAAAAGGAGGUAGUGCUAGAUAAUGUGGAUCCUGCUAUACUUGAUUUAAUCAUCAAAUAUCUGUACUCUGCCAGUAUUGAUCUCAAUGAUGGAAACGUACAAGAUAUUUUUGCACUGGCCAGCCGCUUUCAGAUCCCCUCAGUGUUCACUGUCUGCGUUUCUUAUCUUCAGAAAAGACUUGCUCCUGGUAAUUGUCUAGCCAUCCUAAGAUUGGGACUACUUCUUGAUUGCCCGAGACUUGCCAUUUCUGCCCGUGAAUUUGUGUCCGAUCGCUUUGUACAGAUUUGUAAGGAAGAGGACUUUAUGCAACUGUCUCCCCAGGAAUUGAUCUCGGUCAUUUCAAAUGACAGCCUAAAUGUAGAAAAGGAAGAAGCAGUGUUUGAGGCAGUGAUGAAAUGGGUGCGAACAGACAAGGAAAACAGGGUUAAAAACCUUAGUGAAGUGUUUGAUUGUAUCCGUUUUCGCCUUAUGACAGAAAAAUAUUUUAAAGAUCAUGUUGAGAAAGAUGAUAUAAUUAAAAGCAACCCAGAACUCCAGAAAAAAGUCAAAGUUCUAAAAGAUGCUUUCGCAGGCAAACUCCCAGAACCUAGCAAAAAUGCAGAGAAGACUGGGGCCGGUGAGGUGAAUGGUGAUGUUGGUGAUGAAGAUUUACUUCCUGGUUACCUGAAUGACAUUCCCAGGCAUGGAAUGUUUGUCAAAGACCUCAUCCUCUUGGUUAACGACACAGCUGCAGUGGCUUAUGAUCCCACAGAAAAUGAAUGCUACCUUACUGCACUGGCUGAGCAGAUUCCCAGAAAUCAUUCCAGCAUUGUUACCCAGCAAAAUCAGAUAUACGUGGUAGGAGGACUAUAUGUGGAUGAAGAAAAUAAAGAUCAACCUCUACAGUCAUACUUCUUCCAACUUGAUAACAUAGCAUCUGAGUGGGUUGGACUUCCACCUCUGCCUUCAGCAAGGUGUCUCUUCGGUCUGGGAGAGGUAGAUGACAAAAUCUACGUAGUUGCAGGCAAAGACCUUCAAACAGAGGCUUCGCUGGAUUCAGUGUUAUGCUAUGAUCCCGUGGCUACAAAAUGGAAUGAAGUAAAAAAACUUCCUAUCAAAGUCUAUGGACAUAAUGUGAUUUCACAUAAGGGGAUGAUAUAUUGUCUAGGAGGAAAGACAGAUGACAAAAAAUGUACAAACAGGGUAUUUAUCUUCAACCCCAAAAAAGGAGACUGGAAAGAUCUGGCUCCAAUGAAAACCCCUCGUUCCAUGUUUGGAGUGGCAGUCCAUAAAGGCAAAAUUGUGAUUGCAGGAGGUGUCACUGAAGAUGGUCUUUCAGCCUCAGUUGAAGCUUUUGACCUUAUGACUCAUAAAUGGGAGGUAAUGACUGAAUUUCCCCAAGAAAGAAGCUCCAUCAGUUUGGUCAGCCUGGCUGGAUCUCUGUAUGCCAUUGGUGGUUUUGCUAUGAUUCAACUGGAGUCAAAAGAGUUUGCACCCACUGAAGUCAAUGACAUAUGGAAGUAUGAAGAUGAUAAAAAAGAAUGGGCCGGGAUGUUGAAGGAAAUACGUUAUGCUUCAGGAGCUAGUUGCCUAGCAACACGUUUAAAUCUCUUCAAACUGUCUAAACUGUAAACAAGGUGAUAAAACAUAAUAGAUUGGGAGGUGGUUUGUUUGGUUAAUAGGGCUUUAAUUCAUUGUUUUUUAAAAGCUUGUACAGAGAUUCAUGUAGAAAUUAUUCAGGAAGUUAUUGUCUAAAAGGUGAGCAGUAGGUAUCAAAACCUCAAAGUCAUUAAAUCUUCAAUGUAAUGAUUAGAGCUUAAAAACAUUUUCUAAUAAGAAAUUAAAUAUCCAGUUGAACAAAUUA